AUGGCCCGCUACUUUUAUCUUAUUUUAGCUGCUUUUUGUGCAGCCGCGUCGUCACAGUUUAUCCCGCCGUAUACCGAAGACUGUCGGACGGGAAUGUAUCCUCCAAAUGGGCCCACAUUUAAAGGUGCUGUGAGUUGGUAUACCGUAAACCUGGAUUUGCCUCCCAAGGAGCGAUGGAAUGGCGUCAUCGCAGACAAAAAGACACAGUUGGUGACCAUGAUUCAGGCCAUCCGAGACCUGGCCGACGCCUUCGUCCCCGGCGGGAAGCUCAUCGAGCUGGUGGACGUCGCUCUACCUUUGAUGGUCGACACGCUCCCGUACCCGUUCGGGGAUGAAAUUAAAGGGAUAGCGACAGCUUCGGGAGUUCCUCUUGGUGAGGUGGUCCUAUUUAACAUCUUCUACGAGGUGUUCACCGUUUGCACCUCAGUCGUCGCGGAGGACACUAAAGGAAAUUUGGUGCACGGUCGCAACCUGGAUUUUGGAUUAUUUAUGGGCUGGGACGCAAAGAACAAAUCUUGGGUGGUAAGCGAGCUGCUGAAGCCGUUAGUGGUCAACGUGGACUUCCGGAGGAACAACAAAACCGUCUUCAAGUCCACCAACUUUGCCGGUUACGUGGGCAUGCUGACCGGCAUCAAGCCGAACGUCUUCACCCUCACCAUGAACGAACGCUUCAGUUUGGACGGAGGAUACAUCGGAAUCUUGGAGUGGAUCCUGGGAAAGCGAGACGAAAUGUGGAUGAGCUUCCUGACGCGCUCCGUGCUGGAGAACGCUACCAGCUACGAGGAGGCCAAGUUCCGUUUGGCACAGACUAAGCUUCUGGCGCCCGCUUACUUCAUCCUGGGAGGGAACGCCACGGGGCAAGCCUGCAUCAUCACCAGAUCCAGAAUCACCAGUCUGGACAUCCUAGAGAUCGAUCUGAAGCUGGGCCGCUGGUUCGUCCUGGAGACCAACUACGACCACUGGAAGGAGCCGCUCUUCCUGGACGAUCGACGCACGCCCGCCGUCAAGUGCAUGAACGCCACUUCGCAGGCCAAAAUAUCCAUGAAGACGAUAUACGACGUGCUGUCCACAAAGCCCGUACUCAACAAGCUGACGACGUACACCACGUUGAUGCAAGUGUCGUCGGGCACGCUGGAGUCGUACAUCCGCGACUGCCCCAGCCCUUGCAUGCCCUGGUGA